UUUCUUUUCUUUUUCUUUUGAUUUAAUAUCGGGAUUGUGACAUAACCUAGGCGUUUGACAUUUUCUUCCGAAAUGGCGUCGAUGAUAAAAUCUGGAAUAUUUGUUCGACAUUUAACUGGAUUGGCACGUAAUCUGGUAUUCAAUAGUCACCGAAAUACCGACGUAAAUUUGAUCAAAUUUGGUCGGUUGUCGUGUAGCGCAUUCACGCAUUCCAGAGCAUUUGCAUCGGCGGUUCAACGUCCUGAUCUAAAUUUGGACGAAUCCAUUAGAAAAUUGGAUCAAGAUGUUCGCAGAAUUGGAAGAAUUAGCCGACGUGAUGUUGAGGAAGUGUUCGACGAGAUUCGUCGCAUUAAAACUGCAUCCAGCUCACAAUCUCUAAUGCUUAUCCGAUGUUGUGGCAAUGUCGUUCCCGAAGAAUUGCCAGCAGUUCGGACAGCUCUUGUGCAAGAAAUAUGGAAGACGUUGAACAAUCUGAAUGUAUCGAUGGAUAUUACGCAUUACAAUGCAUUGCUACGGGUGUACUUGGAAAACGAGCAUCCAUUUAGUCCGACUGAAUUUUUGGCCGAUCUAGAAGCGAAGGGCAUCGAUCCGAAUCGCGUCACAUAUCAACGCCUCAUUUCCCGAUAUUGUCAAGAAGGCGACAUGGACGGAGCAACAAAAAUUUUGGAAUUCAUGCGAGAGAAACAACUUCCCAUCAAUGAGAAUGUGUUCAGCUCGCUGAUAAUGGGUCACUCUGAGGCUGGUGACAUCGAAGCAGCUAUCGGCAUUUUGCCUGUGAUGCGGGAAGCGGGAAUAAAACCCACCGCCGACACAUACACCAGUCUGCUGUGCGCUUACGCGAAACACGGCAAAACCGACGAAAUUCUGUCCACAUUGGAUGAGUGUGAAUCGAACGAAAUUUACCUGGCGGACAAGGAUCUGUUUGAAGUCAUUUACCAUCUGGCCAAGAACGGUCACACGGACUUUGCAGAUAACAUCAUACCGCGCCUUCAAAAAUCCAGCGGCUACAAUCAACAUGCUGCGAGUUUGAUUUUGCGUCUCGUCAAUAUUCGCCAAGAGGACACCGCCCUCAAAAUCCUAAAGACAAUGCCGCGUGGAACAAAACCGAGCGGUGAACUAUACGAGAUCGGGUCCUUCUUCAUCAGGCAAUUGGUCAAAUCGGGACGGCCAACCGAGAAAAUUCUAUCGAUUUGCGGUGAACUCCAACAGACAGGCUUACAUCAUCGGGCCAUUUCCAUUGCUGUGGAAAUGGGGGCCAGAUCGGGAAAUUUGGACGUUGCGGUGCCGUUAUUCAAGGAACUGAAACAAAAUGAAUUGCCGCUACGACAACACUACUUUUGGCCGUUAAUAUGUGCAGGUGGUAAAGUCGGUACGAACGCGAUUUUGGAUGUGUUGCGUGUGAUGCAGUCUGAAUUCAACAUGACACCCAAUGGUGAAACGAUUCGCGACUAUGUUUUGCCGAAUAUGCAGGAACGGGACUAUGAAAAAAUCAUUUUGACAUUACGAACGUCUGGCAUCUCAUCGUCAACGGCGAUUUUGGGUUGUGUCCAUCAUGCAAUCACUCAUCACCGUUUAAAAGCCGCUGCCAAUUUAAUGUUAUCUCAUCCAAUUUAUUACCAGCCAGGUGUCUUAAGGCGACCAUUGGUUGAAGCGUUGAUCAAAACCGAUGACUUCCAAAGUUACCAGCGCAUUGUGCGCAGUGUGUACGAAAAUAUGCCGCGUUUGCAGAAGAUACAAAAUACCACUGUGGAAGACGAGCAGGUAAACGACAAACAAAUGCAAUCCGAAGUCGUUGGCCAGUUUGUAUUGGACGCGGCCGUCCACUUCGGAGAAAAACGGGCGGUGGCUGUGGAGAAAAUUUUGUCGGCUUUAGUUGAACAAGGACUAUCGAUGUCGAAAAGCUACUCAGAGAGCGUUCAAAAACGCUUGGGAUCAUUAUUGACGCCCGAAAUAUCAACUUUGCUGGAAAAAUUAACUGCCGGUGAAUUGGAACCAGUUCCCUACGAAUCGCGAUCGCGUUCGACCAAAUUCGAUUUUUCUGACAUGCCGGUCUACAACUUGGAAAGAAUGAUUCAACAAAAGGAAGCGCAAGGUGAAAAUGUAAAUGGAUUGCAGCGGGCUCUGUUGCAGGCACUUUACAAAGCGAACGAUGUCCAGAAAUACGAGGAAUUGUUCGAAAACUUGUCGAAAACUGACUUUAUUCUAACGUCCCGUUUAUAUGCGCAACGUAUCGACUUGCAUUGCAAUAACAAUGGUCUGGACAAAGCAUUGGCAAUUCUAGCCGAAAUCAAGUCAAAAGAACCCGAUUUCGUACUCGACGACUUCAAAACAAUAAAACUUGUCCAAGCGUUUGUGGCGCUCGAUCGAGUCGACGAAUCCAUUGAGUUUCUAAAUUCCAGUAAACUGGUCGAAAAAUCGAUGGAAGAACGUCCCCUGCAAUACAAUCACAUGUGUUGGAAUGUGUUGAAUAUACUGGCCGAAAAAGGUAGAGACGCUGAUGUGACUAAGGUAUUCAAUGCCUUGGAGGAAAAUAAUUUCAUUGAAGUAAGCAACGUGCUGCUAGGACCUCUCAUCAGAGUGCAUUUGGUCAACAACGAUCUAACGAAAGCCUUGGAAGCAUUUGAGAUGAUCUCCACCAAAUACAAAUGCACUCCGCUCAAGAACGAAUUGUCCUGCAAACUGAUUCAGAUGGAAGAUGCCGUCAAAUUACAAUUGGUCACGGAUCUCGGCACGAACGUUCACGGCGAGGUGAACUGUUUGUACGAUUUGGUGCUUUCAUUCGUUGAGUGCGGUCGCAUACGGCAGGCUCGUAAAAUUCUUGAAACACCGGGACUAGCUAACCGUUCUAAUCGCAUCAGUGACGCCUGUAAACGGUUCCAACGGGAAGGUAAAACUGCCGUUCUGGAAGAUUUAGUUCAAACCACUAAAGGUCUCAACAACGUCGACCAUCACGAAAUUUUCUACCAACUUCUGUUGAGCUACUGCAAAGAGGACUCCACGGAAAAAGCGCUAAAUUUGUGGCUGCAAAUUCAAGAAGAGGAAGAUUUUGCUGCAUCUGAUCAGUUUUUGACAACGCUUGCCAAUUUUUUGAGACAGAAGGGGGUUAAAGUGCCGUUUGUCGAGCCGAGUUUCGAAACGCCGGCUGUAAAAAAAUCAAACCGAAAGCCGAAUCUUCCACCGAAAGCCGAUCCGAUUAAGACGAAACCUAAGGAUGUCGGUCAUCUGACCGAUGCCCAGCUACGUGUGAGGAAAGAAACGGCCGAGAUAGAAGUAAUGGUACAGCAAGAUAAACUUGAUGACGCAACACAACAUGUUAUGAAGAUGCUCGAAGCUAACACUUAUCCGCUAAACAGAACACUUCGAUUUUAUCUGAACAAAAUGGCGCAGGCCGGACGCUAUGAGGUUCUUGAGAAAUUGUUGCCAUUGUUACCGUUGGAUGUGAGGAGAAAUACUUCGUUUAACAAUCGACUUGGUAACGCUUAUGUUGCUGCUGGAAAAUCGGAACUGUUCCUCGACCAGAUAAUACAAAAUUUCAAUAAUGGAACAACCGUGGAAGAACUGAAAGAGCUGGAAACGUCUUUUCCCAGAGGCACAAUGUGUGGACUUUUGCAAAAUCACCCGGAGCUGCACUCAAAGUUUGAAAAAUUCGCCCAAAACGUAGCAGAAAGAGGCUUUUAUGCACCGCUAAACAUCUUAUGGAUGAAUUCCAUCGAAACUGGAAAUUUAGAGCAAGCUGAUCGCCUGAUGAAAACCUAUUUGGCCGACCAACCGAAACUCAUGUUCAAUAACACAUUGAAAACAGCCCGCGACCGCAAAGACGAGACAAUUGUUUUGAAUAUGCUCAAGUCACUCGCAAAUUCAAAAAUAUCGGAAACUGCUUUGGGUGCUGUACACAGUUGUCUGAUUGAUGUGUAUUGCUUGCAACAGAAGUACGAUGAAGCGCUGAAUGCUGUUAACAAUACGAUCAAAGACGUUUGCUUGGAAAAUGUUAACCGAUCCUCACUAUUAAAGGUCAAAGAAGGAUUGGAGGCGGCUGGCAAAAAGUUUCCACACCAAAUUCCGGAUAAGAAAAAAAAGAACGCAGCUGACAGCAGCAGUAGUAGUAGUAGUGACGAUGAACCAGUUAAGAAGUAGAUU